AUGCUGAGGAUGUUCGCCACCGUUCUGAAGCUUGCCACGCCUGCGCUCAAUCUGGACAAGUUUCUCAUCCCUGAGGGCGGUGCUGAGAUCGAAUCGGAGCAGCUUCGCCAGCGCCGUCGGCGCGCUCAGGAGAUCGCGGAUGAGAAGCACGCUGAGGAUCAGCGUGCCAAGGACAAGGAUGCGUCUUGGGCUCGGAAACGCCAGAAGUUCUGCGAAGACCAUGGGAUCCGCCUGCGCCUUCCGUCCACGGUGAGCACCAGUCCGGCGUUCGAGCUGAGUUGCAAGCGCCACCGAGAAAUCAUCGCCGUGGCUGAGCGGAUGCACGACAAGAAGUUGCUGGCGGUCGACGUGAAUCCAAACAUCGACAGGGGCAUGAUGAUGCACGACACGGACCUCAUGGCGACGUUCGUGCGCGGCACGAAAAACUACCUCAC